AUGACUCAACGCGCCUCGUCCUCCUUCUUGUCGCCGACGCGCAAGUCGUCGAAGCGCGCGACGGCGCCGCAGUUUAUUCAAAAGACCCACGCGCUCUUCUGUCACGCGCCUGCUCACAUUGCCCAGUGGCACAACGACGGCACGACAAUCUUGGUCCACGACCCGUACGCGUUCUCGCGGGACGUGUUGCCGCGCUAUUUCAAGCACCGGAAUUUCCUCUCGUUCGUGCGGCAGCUCAAUUUUUACGGCUUCCACAAGUACAAGGUCGAGGACGCCGAAGCGUUUACGUGGGAGUUUCAGCACGAACACUUUCUGCGCGACGCGCCCGAGCGCAUGCACGCGAUUCGGCGCAAUACGCCGCCGCCACCGGCAUCGCCCAAUGACGUGGCCGACGUGGCCGAGCCCGAGCUGAGCCCGGUCGCGACGCUCCGACAAAACCUUCAGGCCGUCCAAGCCCACUUUGACCGCCUCUCGGGCCAAGUGGCACAGCUUAGCGAGUGCGUGGCAGAGCUCGUCCGAGAGUACGACGAGGAGGACCUGCGCGCGCAGGCGCAGCCACCACUGCGUAUUCGCAACGUCGAGUUUACGGCGCAGGACUUGGCCAUGGUGGACGAUGUCCUUGCCAUCUUGUCGUUGUGA